AUGUCGUCGCUCUAUCAGCUAGAUGAUGACACAAAGUCGCUUCUCACACUAGAUAAUUUUCUGAAGGAUCUUAGUGUGACUGAAUUUGUGGAUCGUCUCGCCAAGCAAAAUGUUCAAUAUAAAUCAAAGUUCAACAAUGGUGUCGAGUAUAUUGAUCCUAAACCUUAUAUUCGAACGUUCGAACUCGUCCAAAAAGAGUUAAACAACUUAAGUAGAGAAUGCGUUACCAAAAAAACCCGAUUGGAGCAGCAGGCACAUGCUAAGUCGGUGAAGCACUAUGAAAACGUGCUACAUCUCAACUCAAAAGCUGCCGAGCUGAAUGAGAGAUACAAUAAGUUGACCACUGGGGUGUCCAAACUAUACGGCAGUGAUAUCAAUCCAUUGGGCGAGAAAUUGACUGAGGCUAAUAGUCUUAAAGAGCACUCUUUUGAACUCAUUUUUCUUACUAAAUGCUAUAACGAAUUCUAUACUAAGGGACAACCUCCCGAGGAGAUUCUGAAAUACAAGCCUCAAGAUAUGGAACGCAUUGCUAAAGUAUUCAAUCAGCUCUUGUCACUAUCUUCGAAGCUUUCUGGAGAUGAAAAUGGUCUUCCACGUACUAAGAAAGCUCACGAGCUCAUUCAGCAGUACGCUGAUAUGUUCGAGAAGGAUCAAUUGGAGAACUUCAACAAAUAUUACAAGCAAAAGGAUAUUGAAAAAUCACAGCAGAUUGCCAGAGUGCUGUUUACGUUCAAUGGAGGUGCAAAUAUUGUGGAGGGCUUUUUUGGAAAUCACCCCGUUUUCAGUAAACUAUUCGCUGAAAAGCAGUCUUCACUUGACAAAGACUACUGGAUAGGUUUAGGAAACCCAGACGAGACAUCGUAUGCUCUCGAUACUGAUACGAAUACUCUGCUUACCUCAAUAAGUGAAACUUUUGCUUCAGAACUGGAUUCAAUCACCGAGAUUUUCCAGACAAAUAGUGGCACCGUUCUAGAAUCACUUAUUUCCAAGUUGUUUGGACAGAUAAUAAACGCUAGAGUCAAUUACCUAGUAAAAAUGGCCUCUUCAUAUUCCAAAUUGGCCCUUGUACGUGUUCUUCAUCUCGCAGCUACCGAGACAUAUCGUUUGUCUCUAAGUAAGAUGGCUAGUGCUCUCGAAAAUCGUAACCUCCAACUUUCUGGAGUAUUGGAGAAGGCUUACAAUGAUAUUUUUGCUCCGUACUUGAAAAAUGACUCUCAGUUCAAGAUUGACAAAAGUAAUCUUGAGGAGUUGUUGGACUCUUUAAUAACGCAGCUCGACGGCCAAGUUGAUAAAGCUGUUCAGAAGCACAUCCUCGGUGACAAAAUCAGCUCCUUCAAAUAUGAGCAUUCCUCAACUCACGAUUCAUCCAACACCGCUUCUGCUUCAAAUUCAGCUCCUGAGGCUCCUGAGGCCGACGAUGAAACGGGCUCUGGCCUAUUUAAAGAGAAGUUUAUCGGCGCCAAAAGGUUUAUUCCACAUUCGAAGCGUUUUAGAAGAUUCACGUCUAUUUCCAGUUUCAUCAAAAACUCUGAGAGAAAUUCUACUUGGAGGGAAAGGCUCAAGAGGUCAGCCAUUGGUUCUGGACAUUUAGGUUUUCAUUCGUCUUCGGUGUCAGUGAUUGCUUCUUCGGCUACUGCUUCUGUUUCUGUGAAGAACGAGAACUUGCCUCCGCUUAUAGUGACAGAGAAGAUUCUUAGUUAUGUUGUUGAAUCGUUAAAAAGAUCCAUUGAACUUGUUCCAAGCAAAAUAAAUGAAUAUUCAAUGGAGAUCUUUGAGAUUAUGAUGUUUAAGAUUGGUCCUUCGUACAUAUUUGCCGAGAUGGAGGCUUUAUAUUUCAAUAGUGUGUUUCUACAGGGUCAGAAACUCAACUCGUUUUUCAGUUCGCCUUCCUACAACCUUGAUCUCUCGUUUUUGCAGCAGCUUAACGUGAUCUUCUUUCAGUUGUAUCUUCUUUCUAUCGUGGUAAAGAAGUCAUUCUAUCCUCUUCUGCUAACUAAUUCUGUGAAGGUGCAUCUCGUGGGUAUAUUCAAUGGCUUUCUUCAAGACAUGGAGAUUGGUCUUAAUAUAACCAUAGCGGAUUUGAUUGAUUUGAUCACUGCAAAUGUGAAGAGCAUUCUAAAUGGUCAAAACAUCGAGGAUUUUAAUCCACGCGCUCAGAAUAUUACUAUCGAUAAGACUGAAACUUGUGAUAAGCUCACACAAUUUAUGGACUAUACGCUGAGAGAGGUUCAUGCCAAUAUGUCGUCGAAUCCUUCCCUAGAAUUUGAAAUGGUGAAAAGGAUUUCCAACUCAUUCCUAGAGAUCUUGAUUGAUCAUUUCAGGAAUUUUAAAGUUAACUCGACAGGUUCUUUGAUUGUUACCCAGGAUGCGAUUCACUACAUUUCUGUAUUUGAUAACUACGAUUUUGAGGAACUCAAAAGAAAGAAGGAUUUUGCAAUAAGGGGCGUUACAACGGUAAUAGAGACAGCUGAAGAUGUCUCCAGCAUCAAGGCAAACUUUUUGAUUUUGAAGGAACUCACAAAUCUAUUUUCGUGUCAGCCAGAGCUUCUUAAAGAUUUGUGUAACGAAGGAAGACUCACCUACUUAAAGAGAAACGUUCUCAGGGAGUAUAUUAGAAAUAGGAUCGAUUUUCAGGAGUCUUUCCUAGAUGGCAUAUAA